UAAAGUUCAAUGGGUUCCAACACCUCCUGUUUCGUGGCUUUCCGAAUUAUUGAUAGGAAAGAAGAUUAUCUCUGCUUUUUUUAAAUCUUCACUAACUUCACCUCCUGCUUGGAUAACUCGCACUACGCUUGGGCUCACUAAUCUUAUGUGGGGUGAAUUACCGACUUCUUUUUCUAUUUCUUGA